UGAGAGGGAUGAACUGAAAAGUACUGAUGCUAUGGAGAAUAUUUAUGCUAAUGUUAAUGCUGACAAUGUGGCAGGAAGGCAACAAUUUGCUAAGAGUAACCUCCUCAGAGGUGCUGUAGUGUGUCUGGGGCUGCUGUGUGUUCUUCUACUGGCUGGGAUCAUAGGCCUUUGUGUCCACUACAACAGAGUGGCAGGUGACUUUCAGGAAGAGCAGACUAAGUUAUUGAGAGAGACAGACCAGCUAAAGACGGAGAAAGACCAGCUACAGACGAAGAGAGACCAGCUACAGACAGAGAGAGACAAGCUACAGGGGGAGAGAGAUAACCAGGAGCAACAUUUUAAAAAGGGAUGGAGUCAUUUUGGAUCCCGUUUUUACCUCUUCUCCACUGAGGAGAAAACCUGGGAGCAGAGCAAACAGGACUGUCUAAGUAGAGGAGCAAACCUGGUGAUCAUAAAUAGCAAAGAGGAACAGAAUUUUAUCAGUGGAUUUAAGGGGAUGUUCUGGAUUGGUCUGACUGACAGAGAGACAGAGGGGUCAUGGAAAUGGGUGGAUGGAACACCACUGACCAUACAGUACUGGAAGAGUGGAGAGCCUAACAGUUAUGGCAGUGGAGAGGACUGUGCUGAGAGAAGCUUAAUUUAUUCUAACCCAGAGCAGAACUGGAAUGAUGCACCAUGUGAUCAACUGAAGUUAGGGAUCUGUGAGAAAGUGGCUUAUCCAUAACUCAAACUGCAUAUAUAUUUUAUUUUCUAGAUUAUAUGAACCAUUAAGUAAUAUACUGUAUAUGCUUUUAUUUACAACUCCUGCUUGGACUAUUGCAUAAAACUAUUACAUUAUAAUUUCAAUUAUAAUUUCAAUUAAUUAUAUU